AUGGAAUUUUUACAGUUUUUGGAGGAAGAGGAGGAGGAGGAAGAUGGCGAGAUAUCGGAAAUCAGCACCUAUGCGGAGAUACUGUCAGUUGCUGAUGUCUCUGAGGCAGCAGAAGAGAAGAGGGAAGACAGUUCUGACACAGACCUUGAGAUUGAAGAUGCUGAGCGCUCAUUUGCAACUAUAAAAGGUGCAGAGCUGUAUAGAGAGGCGUGCAAACUGGUGGGAGUGAUUCCUGUCUCAUACUUCAUCCGGAACAUGGAAGAGCCUGUUAUGAAUCUCAACCAUCAUGGUCUUGGACCAAAGGGAACCAAAGCCAUUGCUAUUGCUCUGGUUUCCAACACAACCAUCACUCACCUGGAGCUAGAGGAUAACUGGAUUCUGGGUGAAGGAACGAGAUACUUAAUACAGAUGCUUCGAGAGAACUGCUACAUCCAAGAGAUGAAUAUUUCCCAUAAUCACCUCAACACUGACGGAGCUGAAGCUAUCUGUGGGAUGUUUUUCAAUAAUAUUUCUAAUAUCCGGGCCAUUCGACUUGCAGGAAACCAUUUUAGAGAUGAGACAGCACCAUACUUUUCUGAAUCCUUAAUGGCCAAUUACAGAGUGAUAGAGCUGGACCUCAGUUACAAUGAGUUUUCUGAGAAGGCUGGAGAGCUACUGGGGCAGAUGCUGGCCAACAAUGAAUCACUGGAGAUUCUGAAUCUGAGCUGGAAUCAUCUGCGGCUGAAGGGCGCUACAGCUCUGAGUGCUGGUCUCAAGGUUAAUGGAACCUUGAAGAUACUGAACCUUUCCUGGAAUGGGUUUGGGAAUGAAGGCGCCUUCGCCCUUGGAGAAGCUCUCAAGGUCAACAACGUGCUCACGGAACUGGAUAUCAGCAACAAUCAUAUCAACAACGAAGGGGCAACAAAGCUAUGCAAAGGAUUAGAAAUGAAUGGGAACCUUAGAAUCCUAAAGAUGUCCCAGAAUCCCCUCACAGUAGAAGGCGCUAUUGCUCUUCUCACGUCAAUCAGGAAGAAUUCAAGAUCCAGAAUGGAAGAAAUCAACAUCUCAAACGUGCUUGUAAAUGAAGGCUUCAUCAAGCUGUUAGAUCAUGUCUGUGAAGUACGACCUGAACUAGAUAUCAUCUAUGGAGGAAUUGGAGGCCGCAUUACACGAAAGCAUGAGCGGCAGGAAGAUGGUAUGAAGCUGAUUCAGAACUAUUUAGGUGCCAACAACCUAAAGCUUUGGGACUUUUUUAGGAGUAUGGAUAAAUAUGGUGACAUGAAAAUUCCUGUGGCAGAGUUUCGGAGAGCCAUGAUGCUGCAAUCAAAGAUCCCCCUGAAUCGGAUGCAGGUUGCAGAACUGGUACGCAAAUUGGACCAAGCCAGAACAGGAUAUGUGGACUACAGUCAAUAUAGAGUUGAGGAGUCAGAAAAGAAACCCAAGGAAUAUGAGGAGGAGGAGGAGGACAAUGACACAUUCUGA